AAAUUAUGACCGCAGACUGAAAAAUGGCGGCAUCAUCAUCUCAUCUCUUCGCACUCCCUUCGCCAGCUUCUCCGAUUCUCUCUGCACCAAACAGGAAUCGAGUUCGUGUUCUUGCGAAAUCAUGCCCGGACAAUCAGAGCUUCGAUUCGAACGAUUUGGAUUCUUCCUCGGAGACUACCCAAAAAGCCCAGGGGGAUCAGAAAUCAGUGUCACGGAGACAGUGGAUGACAGCAUGUGUGUGCGCAUCCACAGCUUUAAUUAGCAAUUCUUACACCUUUGUCUCUGUCCAAAGCGCAGCCGCUUUAGACAAGAAACCAGGAGGUUCAUGUCGUAACUGCCAGGGCAGUGGUGCUGUUCUUUGUGAUAUGUGUGGUGGUACAGGAAAAUGGAAAGCUCUCAACCGAAAACGUGCCAAAGAUGUAUACGAGUUUACGGAAUGUCCAAACUGUUACGGUCGGGGUAAGCUUGUUUGUCCCGUCUGUUUGGGUACAGGUUUACCAAACAACAAAGGCCUUCUUAGAAGGCCUGGUGCUCGUGAGCUACUCGAAAAGAUGUACAAUGGUCGGCUUCUUCCUGAUUCAUGAGAAGAUUGUUACUGCAAAUGUGCUUUUAAGCACAGAGCCAAUAGACAUAAGAUGAUAGAAGCGGAUGAAAACUUACACAUUGAGGAUGCCUGGAUAGCUAUAGAAGAAUGUAACGAAUUCAACAUGUUUUUGUAACGCUGCUAGGUUUGGGUUGUAAAUUCUAUAAACCUAAAACUUUCCU